UCCCUUUCAACAGUCAGAGCUUGACAAUCCAAGAAGCUUCUGGAAAGUUUGUGUGGCAUUUUAAUUUGUUUUUCCCGUGAAAUUCAUCAAAAUUUGGUGAAAAAACAUUCUAAUUCACUGGAAAAAUUUUCCUGGACGUAGCCCUCGCAAAUGGCUGAUUCUGACGACGAGUACGACCGCAAGAGACGCGACAAGUUUAGAGGGGAGCGUAGUUCAGGCGAUAGCUAUCGCUCGGACAGAGAUCGAAGAGAUGACCAUCGAGGUAGGGAUGACUGGAUGGAUCGUGUGAGGUCGAAACCCGAUUAUCGGGAGUUCCGCAAUGGCCGGGACAGAAUGUACUCACCUCCGAGGGAUAUGCCUCCAAUGAAGAGGAUGCGCAUGGGACCGCAUGAUGGGUAUGGACCGUACGGCGGAGGAGGUUGGGGGGGACAUCAUGAUUCCGGACUCGGAUGGCUAUCCCACGGUGGUGGACAUCCAUAUGGCUCAGCUCCGAUGCCGAUGCACUCAAGGGAAUCUGCUCCGAAUCCUGAUAUGCAAACUCAACCCUGCAUGAUGACACUGAAGCAGUUCCUGGCCACGCAGGAUGAUUCCAUCUCCGAUUCAGAUGCCAUCACCAAGUACAAUGAGUACAAAUUGGACUUCAAGAGGCAACAACUCAAUGAAUUCUUCGUGGCUCACAAAGAUGAAGAAUGGUUUAAGAUGAAAUAUCAUCCGGAGGAUUUGCUGAAGAGACAAGAGGAGCAUGUUGGUUUUCUUAGGAAACGCAUUGAUGUGUUCAUGGAGUUGAUGGAGAAGAAAAUGGUUGCUGAUGUAUCCAUUGAUAUCUCUUGUACGGAUAAGCUGCUGAAGCUUCUAGAUACGGUAGUUAUAAAGCUAGAAGGUGGCACUGAGGCGGAUUUGCAGGUGUUGGAAGUCCAGACAAUGCCUGCUCCGGUUAAAUUGCCAACACAGGAGCCACCACCAAAAGUAGCUCCUAAGCCCAUCGCUGUAAAGAUGUGUCAACCAGAUGACGGUGACGUUUGGGAGGAGGAUGUGAAGAAAGAGGAAAAAGUGGUUGAAAAGGAGGAGAAAGAAGAGAAGGAGGAGGAAGAGAAGGAAGAGGAAGAUAAGGAGGAAGAAAAGGUGGAAGAGAAGGAAGAAGAGGAGAAGGAUGAGGAAGAGAAGGAAGAAGAAGAGGAGAAUGAGGUGAAAAAGAAGGGAGAUGAUUCAGGAUCAGAUUCGGAUGAGUCAUCAUCGAGUGCAAGUGAUUCGGAGGAUAAUGAUGAUCCACCGAAACCACCGCCUGGACCGAGUGUCGAGGAGAAGGCUAAAGAAGUGGAGUUGAUGUUUUUGGAGGAAGAGAAGAAGGAAGAAGAGGCAGCACAGGCUAACAAGGAGUUGGAGGAGACAAAGAAGAAAGAAGAGGAGGAAGAGAAGACCAAUGGAACGAAAAAAGAAGAUCUGGUGACGAUUGAUUUGGUGAGGGAGAAGAGUACUGUGAGAGAGUUGCACAAAACGAGUUCGAUAUUCCUGCGAAAUCUAACGCCGACAAUUACGAAGGCAGAGGUUGAAGCCAUGUGCAAGAAGUACGAUGGCUUCCUUCGGGUUGCCAUUGCGGAUCCGCUGGCUGAACGUCGUUGGUUUCGUCGGGGUUGGGUGACGUUCAAGCGAGAUGUCAACAUCAAGGAGAUCUGUUGGAACUUGAACAACAUCCGUCUUAGGGAUUGCGAAUUGGGAGCCAUUGUGAAUCGAGAUUUGAGCCGGAGGGUGAGACCGGUCAACGGAGUUGCUCUGCAUCGUACAGUAGUACGCAAUGAUAUCAAACUCUGUGCGAGGAUUAUUCACAAUCUCGAUGAGAAGCAUGGUUUGUGGAGAGAAGAAAUGGCAGGAGCGAUGGAGACACAAGGAGGAGAAACUUUUGGAUUGCUAUCGAGGAAUCCCGUUCUGCAGAAUAUCACAGAUUAUCUGAUUGACGAAGCGUCGGCAGAAGAAGACGAACUUCUUGGGUUGACGGAUGAGAAGAAAGAUGUACUGGAGAGUGAAGUAUUUGAUAGUGAUCCGAGCCUCCUACCCGUUCUCGAUAAGCUGAUCCUCUACCUGAGAAUUGUGCAUUCAGUUGACUUCUACAACCACUGCGAGUAUCCCUAUGAGGAUGAAAUGCCCAAUAGAUGUGGUAUCAUUCAUGCUAGGAGUCCAGCUCCAAGUAGCCGCGUCACUACUCCCGAUAUUCAAGAUUACAUCAAGAACUUUGAAUCGAAACUCCAGGCAUUCCUCACGCAAAGUGUCACUAUUGAAGGUGAAGAACUUGAAAAACUUGGUUCGAAACAGUCCGAUGCAGAGGUUGAAAAGUUCAUUUUGGCCAAUACCCAAGAACUGGCCAAGGACAAAUGGCUAUGUCCGUUGUCUGGGAAGAAGUUCAAAGGACCAGAAUUCAUUCGAAAACACAUUUUGAAUAAGCAUUCGGAAAAGAUUGAAGAGGUGAAGAAGGAAGUUGAGUACUUCAAUAACUAUCUUAAAGAUCCGAAGCGUCCUCAGUUGCCGGAACAUCCGGGAAGUGCAAAGAAGGCACCGGUUGGAGAGGGAACUCCACCAGGUGUUCAUCCAGCAGCAAUGGGAGGAGGAUUUAGGGGAGCUCCAUUUGGGGGUGGACCGUAUGGAUCACCGUACAGUCCGUAUCCCAUGAUGCCGCCACAGAGGCAUCGGGGAGGUGGAGGAGGAUAUCCAAGAAGGAGAAACAUGUCUAAUUUCAGGGGAGGCGGCCCCGACUAUAGACCCAUCAUCCACUACCGUGACCUCGAUGCCCCAAGGGAACCUGAUGAGUUCCUGUAGACAGACACAGAGAUUGAGAACUCUUAGAGGGUAAGGAAUUUUAACCAUCUCUUUCAGCUUCAUUUAUCCAUCAAUGACUUAAGUGGAUAUUAUACUGUAAUUUGUCACAAUAAAGGGAUAAAACAAGGACAA